AACCAUUCAUUGACAUUGUUCAAACGUCAAUAGAAUCUAGGACAGUUUGAGGAAGGAAUUCAAAUUGCGGAUUUCCUAGCGUACAAUAUGACACAGACAAUAGGAAGAGUUGAUAACCCGCUCUUGCCAUUUGAUGGAGAUAUUCCAGGUGGGCUUCAGUCAGGAAAACAAGUCUUCAUUCAGGGAAGCAUCCCUUACACAGCUGAGGGAUUUGCGGUUAAUUUUAAGUGUGGGAGUGGAGACAGUGCAGACAUAGCCUUUCACUUCAAUCCCCGCGUCAGUCAGAACUGUGUUGUACGGAACACAUUACAGAAUGGUCACUGGCAGAAAGAGGAGAGACAUGGCGGAAUGCCAUUUCAAAAAGAAAAACCAUUUGAAAUCAUUUUCUUGGUGCAGGACAGUCAUUUCAAGGUAGCAGUGAAUGGAAAACAUUUCACAGAAUACCAACACAGAAUCCCAUUACACAGAAUACAAAGACUUCAGAUUCCACCAGGGGCAUCCAUCUUCUUCAUCAGAUAUGAUGCUCCAUAUAGUUAUUCACCACCCAGUAUGAGCUACCCUUCAAAUGCCAGCUAUCCUUCACAGAUGCCAGCUCCUAUCUACAACCCUCCCAUCCCAUACAUGGGCCUGAUUCCCCCUUGUGGUCUUCAAGUGGGCAGACUCAUCCAGAUUUCUGGAAUAACCAGAGCAGUAGACAGGUUCACAGUAAACAUCCAGGAAAGCCCAGCUGGAGCUACUGACAUAGCAUUUCAUUUUGAUGUCCGAUUCAACUGCGGAAAUUGCGUGAAUGAAAUUAUCCGUAACAGUUUGAGCGGAGGAACCUGGGGGCCAGAGGAGAGACAUAAGCCGUAUUUCCCCUUCAGACCACAGGCCAAUUUCGACAUGAUGAUUCUGUGUGAUUCUCAUGCAUUCAAAGUUGCUAUAGAUGGGAAACACUUCGUUGAGUUCCAGCACCGUCUCCAGCCUUUGGGUCGUUUCCAGUAUCUCGGUAUCCUUGGUGACAUCAAGGUCACACAGAUUCGAUUUCAGUGAGCAGAAGGAAGGACCUGUCUAAAGAUCAAAAACAGUACAAAGAACUUUUCAUAAAAUGUGAUUUCUCCACAAAAACAAGAAAAAGUUAGUUCAUGCAUACUAAUUCAUUUGGAUUAACAAUUUAUGAUCAAUUUGCUUCAUUUUAGUCAUUUAAAUCUAGCAGAUUUGUAUUGCUUAUUUUUCUUCCUGCUUUCUGUGUAGUGUAUUUUACAUUUAACCUUAUUUACCUUUUUGCUAAUCAUAUAUUGGUUUAUUGGAUUUUGUCUGCAUGUUCAGAGAUUUUCUUGCUUAUGUGUAUAGCCACUCCUUGCCGUAAUAUAAUAGCUCUUAACUGUUUUGUCAUUGUUAACUUUGUAACCAUUUUCUUGACCUUGGUAUAUUGGACCAUCAUCAAAUAUGGUAUUGUACACUGUCUCAAAGUUAUAUUGGAACAAUAAUUAAUAAAGUAAAAGUUAACAAAGAAUAGAAAUACAAAAAAAUGUAGUUACUUUGUACAGGGACAUUUUCACCCACUAUUUUAUUUUUGCCCCUUUCGUCUUAUUCUUAAGUGGUGAAAUUUAAAACAGGGGGAAUUCAAAGAACACAGUAUAAGUUUUUUAAAAUAGAAUUGUAACUGAGCAAAAUUAAAAUGAGACAAAAUUGUUUGGUAGUGUGAAAGGGCAAAAGUGACAAGGGAAAAAUAACUCUGUACAUGUAUACAGUAAAUUUCAAAUUUGAUGUCUGAUUUAUAUGCAUAUAUAUAAAUGUAUGUUGUGAAAUUCUUUAUAUUUGAUUUGUUACGAUUCUUAGUAGGCUGUGACAAAUUGGACACUUUCUUUUAUAUUAUGGCAUUUUAAUUCUGCAAUGGAAAUGAAUUUUGAUUUUUAUAUUGAUAAAAUAUACAUGUAUGAGCAUUGGUGUAGAGACCUUAAGAUUGAGUACUAAUUGUUUUAUCUAACAGAUAACUAGGUUGUGAGAACUGAAUUAUCCAGAGAAAAUAAAGCUUUUUUGAUUUAA